CAUCCAUUUCUAAUGAUAACAAAAACAGAAAAGUAAUAAUUAAUAAAAUAAUAAUUAUUAUAAUUAUUACGAUUGUUAUUAUUUAAAAUUAUUGUUAAUUAUUUAGCGCGUGAAGAUCAAAAAAAGGAAAGUCAGUCACUGUAAUCUUUGAGGUGUGGCGAUUAAGAAGCGCGAAUUUUCAUUUUUCUUUUCGACAAAUUGCGUUCUGAUUCCGAGCAACUUACUCGAUCAUCGAUCCCCCUAUCAAAGUUGGACUGGGUUUUCAAACUUUUUCCUCGUGCAGCAACCUUCGAGUCAAUUGGCACGGUGCGGAACGGAUGGAUUUGUCUAAUACCCUCGUCUCGGAUGGUACGUUUCGACGUUGAAUUAAUUAUCGAGCUUCGGUUCUCUAAAGAAUGGCGCGUAAGAGGGGCCGUGGUUCGGGCAUUCGAGGAGGAAUUUCCAAGCCGUCGAUAAGUCGUAUAAAGAAUCCGACCAUUUGUAAACAGUUGAUACAUUCGAAUAGCCGUAAAGUGGCGAAGACGACCUCGACGCGAUCGUCCAAAAAGAAAAGACGCCGUAAAACGCAGCUGCGAGAUGGCGAAGCCGAUCAAAAUCCGAGUACGAAAGAGGUCGUCUCUCAAUCCGUCUCGUCGAAAAUAACCGAAACCGAGUCUAGUCGCGUUUUUAUCGCCGUAAAAGAAAUCGAAAAUGAUACGUCCGGCAGUUUUGAUCGUUGUACCGAUGGUGUGCGAACGAAACGAGAAUUCGCAACAGCGGGCGAACUCGCGGAAACAGAACCUUCGACAGUCUCAGGCGCUGAACAGGAUGUCGACGAAGACGAAAAAUUGCCGCCGCCGCCGCCGCCGACAACGACGAGGUCAACGAACGAUUUUCCGAAAUCGUGGACCGAGGAGAUGAUACGAUAUUACUUCGAACCCGACGAAGAACGUAAAAACUUCGAUCACGUUGGAAUAAUGAACGACAUCGAAUAUAAGGCUUCCGAUUGGCGGAUUAGCGAUGCGGAUCGAACGGAAUGUCGAAAAAGAAAAGAAUUUUUUCUGCGCUGUGCGAAAUGUAAUCAGAAAGGUCAUACCAAGAAAGAAUGCAAAAAAAAUGUCGUUUGUUACGUGUGCGGAGAAUUCAAUCACUACUUUUCGCAGUGUCCGAACGCGCUGUGCUUGUCCUGCGGAAGAGCUACCAAACAGUUCAUCGAUAAUUGCCGGCGGUGUCGUAAAAUAGCGAGUAGUCGUCAAAAGUGUGCGUUAUGCGGUCAAGUAUGGCACGAAGAAAAUCUCUGUCCCUCCAAGUGGCGCAAGUAUUUGACGGUGACUCGAACAACUAGCGAGGCUGCGAUGCGAUUAAAUAGGAAAAAAUGUUGUUACAAUUGCGCGCAACGGGGUCAUUUCGGAUUCGAAUGUCCGCUGGUUUUGCAAUCAGACUAUCCGCCCGAGAAUCCGUUGAAAACUGCUUUCCCUCUGACACAACCGCAGUCGCAACGUUACCAAGAUGAUGCCAGCGGCGACGCUGCGAUGGAUUGCGACCGCAGCGUCGUCGGUCGCUGUACUUCCGAAAAUGGCGAAAAUACGCCUCACUUCGGCGGCGGCGGCGGCGGCGGCGGUGGCAACGGCAACGACAACCUCGACCUAGCUCACGUUCACGUCAUCUUGCUCGCCAAACAGACGUCCGACAUUCUGUCCUCGGAGCUGGGAAAACGUUUUCUCGCGCAGUUGUCGCGCAGUACCAAUAUUCGCAUAGAGUUGUUUUGCGGAAAACAACCUUACGUCAAAUUAUUUGGCGACGAUGAAAUCGUCGACUAUUGUAAAUGUCAACUAUUGAAAUGGAAAACUUCGUAAAAUAUAUGUAUAUCGUAUACGCUAAUACUAA